CAUACAUCAGACUCGACCCUCACACAAUUUUUCAAGUUAUUGUGUGGUUUAUCGAAGGCCGGCGCACACUGCAUCUUUGUUUAUGAUGGUGAUGGGCGUCCGGUCAUUAAACGAGGGAUUCGAGUUGUUUUGCGCGAAUCAGACCACUACAAGCGUUCACGAAAGUUAAUAAAGUAUUUUGGCUACUACAGUCAUACAGCCCCAGGCGAAGCGGAAGCAGAGCUUUCGGACAUGUAUAAACAGGGUAUCAUUGAUAUUGUACUCUCCAAAGACAGCGAUGUUUUCCCCCUUGGGGUUGGAUCUAUAAUGAAACUCAUUGUCCCGUAA